AUGACUUCCUCGGCGCUUCCCGUCGCCCUGCAGAACAAGCUGCUAGGCUAUGGCCGGGCCUCUAGCGCGCAUCUGUCCGCUCUGAAUCUGGACCUGAUUCGCAAUAUCGUUUUCAUACUCUUCCUUCUUCGGUAUACACGCAAGACAUUCUACUCGCUUCGUGGGUAUGGCUUGUUCGGCAGUAUUCGCAAUGUCUACAUCGCCGUCCGCCUCUUCUGCUACUCCAUCUUCCUCCGCACCCCCGGCGUCCGUGGCCAGGUCGAUAAGCAGGUCUCCACUGCCAUCGAGAACCUGGAGAACAAGCUGGUGCAGACGGGCCCAGAUGUGACUCGGUACCUCAGCUUGCCUAAAGAGGGCUGGUCCGUGGACCAGAUCCGCGCAGAGCUCAAUAAGCUGGCUGGCCUCGAGCAUACCCGAUGGGAGGAUGGCCGGGUCAGCGGUGCAGUCUAUCAUGGAGGAGAGGAUCUCUUGAAACUCCAGGCCGAAGCCUUUGGCCAGUUUGGUGUCGCAAACCCAAUCCAUCCGGACGUUUUCCCUGGAGUUCGGAAAAUGGAAGCAGAGGUUGUCGCAAUGGUUCUCGCCUUGUUCAAUGCUCCUACAGAUGGUGCGGGUGUCACAACUAGCGGUGGUACGGAGUCGAUUCUCAUGGCCUGUUUGGCUGCCCGGCAAAAGGCAUUCUUGGAGCGCGGAGUUACAGAGCCAGAAAUGAUCAUUCCUGAUACUGCACACGCAGCGUUCAUUAAGGCCUGCAACUACUUCAAGAUCAAGCUGCACAGAGUCCCCUGUCCUGAACCCGAGUUCAAGGUUGACGUUCAUGCCGUGCGCCGUUUGAUUAACCCGAACACUGUUCUUCUCGUGGGAUCAGCACCAAAUUUCCCUCACGGUAUCGUUGAUGAUAUUCCUGCUUUGUCGCGUCUUGCCACAAAGUAUAAGAUCCCGCUUCACGUUGAUUGCUGCUUGGGAUCGUUCGUCGUUGCUCUUCUCAAGAAGGCUGGCUUCCCUUCACCAUAUGAAGAAGAGGGUGGUUUUGAUUUCCGUCAACCUGGUGUCACUAGUAUCAGCGUGGACACUCACAAGUAUGGCUUCGCCCCCAAGGGCAACUCCGUUCUCCUCUACCGCAACAAGGCCUAUCGCAGCAAUCAGUAUUUCAUUUACCCCGACUGGUCCGGUGGCGUCUAUGCAUCUCCCUCCGUGGCUGGCUCGCGUCCAGGCGCAUUGAUCGCUGGCUGCUGGGCUAGCUUGAUGAGCGUGGGUGAGACCGGAUACAUCAACAGCUGCACCGAGAUCAUGAAUGCCGCGCGCAAAUUCGACACCGCCGUCCGUGAACACCCCGUAAUUUCACUCCACAUGGAGGUUGUGGGUAAUCCGAUGGUCAGUGUUGUCGCUUUCCGCAGCAAGAACGGUGCCAUUGAUAUCUACGAUAUUGCCGACGACCUCUCCGCUAAGGGCUGGCACCUCAAUGCCCUGCAGUCUCCGGCUGCUCUCCACUGCGCUUUUACUAUCCCUACCGCCAAGGCCGUUGACCAGCUUGUCUCUGAUGUGGUCGAGGUCAUCGGCAAGGAACUGGAGAAGGCCGAGGAGCGUCGAAAACAAGGAAAGGCCUACAUCCUGCAGCGCGGUGACACCUCCGCUCUCUAUGGUGUUGCUGGCAGCAUUCCCGACAAGAGCAUUGUUAGCCGCUUGGCUGAAGGCUUCCUCGAUACCCUGUACAAAGCCUAA